GAGUGCAGCGGGGCGGUGCAACGCGCGCCGCCGGCCCGGCCGUCGACGGGCAGACAGUAGGACGGCAACGCCACUGCGAGUCGGUGACCAAGGCGCGAACAGCGCGCUCGCACUGUGACAUGUAGCGCGGCCGCCGCGCUCACCCUCGCGACUCCACCGUCGGUGGCGGCGCGCCGAUGCGCCUGCCGUCCCGCGCCGACGACGCCCGCGCCGCCGUGACCGAACCAACGCGAGUACCGAGUGAAUCCCUCUCUUGGACCUGAAGCGAGCCCUUCAGCCCGACGACCGUCGGAUGGAACCCCGAGUGCGCCGAUUCGCAUCAAGACACAUAUACCUAAGACGAAAACCGGCGGGAGCUAGCUCAGACAUGGGAAGUGAGCACUAUUGCCUAAGGUGGAACAAUCAUCAGAGCAACCUGCUGGGUGUUUUCAGCCAGUUGCUUCACGACGAGAGUCUGGUAGACGUCACGCUCGCCUGUUCCGAGGGCGCCUCCAUAAGAGCUCACAAGGUCGUUCUGUCUGCGUGUUCAUCCUACUUCCGUUCGCUGUUCGUGGACCACCCGUCGCGGCACCCCAUAGUGAUCCUCAAGGACGUGGGUCUGGAAGAACUGAGGACCCUGGUCGACUUCAUGUACAAGGGGGAGGUCAACGUCCAGUACUGCCAACUGCCCGCGCUCCUCAAGACUGCUGAGAGUCUUCAGGUCAAGGGAUUAGCUGAAAUGACUACAUUAAGUGCAGCUGGUAUCGAUACAAGGAACGUUCCUGAACCAAUGGAUGAGUGCCAAUCCCAGGACACGAAAGAGUGUCAAGAAUCCCACGAAAGACUAGACGGUAACGAGAAAUGGGAAAGAGAAGAAAGGCGCGACGCGAAAGAUUUGCGAAGUGAGAGAGAACACAAGGAUCGAGAGACAAGAGAACCUCAUCCAAGAGAAAGUCGGGAGUCGAGGGAAUCGCACAGAGAGCAUAGAGAACCGAGAGACUUAAGAGAACAUCGUGACCAUCGCGAUGUUAGGGAGCAUAGAGAGGCGAGAGAGCCGAGAGAAGCACGUGAACCUAGAGAAAAUAGGGAACCGCGAGACCAUCGCGAAGUUCCAAGGGAUUUAAGGGACAAUAGAGAAAUUCGAGAGUCUAAAGAAAUAGAGUCAUCGCCUCCAAGAAUAUCACCAUUAUUGUCGGUUCGGAGAUUUAGAAAUGAGAACUCCACAGAACCUCCCACCCUAACGCAUCCUCCCCUACCGAAGGAUGAGCCGCCUGACGAGCCAAUGCGUCCUUCAUCGCCAGAGGACGACGCAGUGUCAAUAAGAUCAAAUGGGGCGCAAAACGAAAACAUUGGUAUAAACAUGACUAUAAACAGUCACGGCGUGCUGGGGCCGCGAUACUCGCCAGUGGAGCAGCGUCUGAGCGUUCUGAACGCGAUUUCACACCCUGGUCUACCUCACCCGUCACACGCGUCGUUGCCCAGUCCACGCAAUGAGCCAAUAGCAGGCCCGUCGGGUCUGCCGCCGGUGCAACAAGUACCCUUGUCAUUGAAAAAGGAAGUCGACUGGGAUCGGAGUAAUGAAGACAAAGGCGGCGAGUCAUCCACAGACUACCGAAUACAGCAUGAAUCUGAGUACGAAGGGUCCGCUAGGGUGCGAAUUGAGGAGGGGGAGAGAGGGUACCCGUGCAUACACUGCGGCGCGGCCUUCCCCCACCAGAGCAAACUAACGCGGCACAUACUGACCACGCACACGCUCGACACCCUCAAGUAUCGGGACGCUAUACUCGGGAGGCCGCUGGGCCUGCCGAUGCUGGGUCAGUUCGCGGACCCGCCCUACAUGUCCAUGCCCACUGAGGAGUCGCCCAUAGACCUGGACAUAGGACCCGUGGAGCCCGGGAACGUGGUCUUGUGCAAGUUCUGUGGCAAGAGUUUCCCGGAUGUGUCGUCGUUAAUAGCCCACCUGCCGGUGCAUACGGGCGACCGACCGUUCAAAUGUGAAUUUUGCGGAAAGGCGUUUAAGCUGAGACAUCAUAUGAAGGACCAUUGUAGAGUGCAUACGGGUGAAAGACCUUUUCGGUGUGUGUUGUGCGGUAAAACCUUCUCUCGGUCGACUAUCCUGAAGGCGCAUGAAAAAACCCACUACCCGAAAUACGCGCGAAAAUUCCUGUCACCGAGCCCAGUGGACACCGAGGAGGAAAGCCCGCACCAAUGAGUAUGGGAUCGCUAUAGUGUACAAUUGACGCGCGAGUGUAUAUUUACCAAUAAUAUACCAUAUUAUUGGACAUAGUCAAUGAGCGAGCAGUGGUAGAAUUGAACAAAUGGAGGACAAUAUGUUGUAAUUUAUUAAGAAUGUGAUUAAGCGCCGCAACUGUGAUCUGAACGAUAUGAAUAAUAUUUGAUAUUUCACUAAUAGAUAAUUGACACAAAAGUGGUUACUUCUCCGUUUUCUUAUUGAAGAUGAGCGUUUAAUUUUUCUCAUUUCGUCUGCUUAUGUUUUAUAAGCGUUUGGAACGUUAGGUGCUUUCUUUACGCUUUAGGUAAUAUGGAAAUCUCGUCGUAGGAUGAGUCUUGUAGACGGCAUAGCCAAAGUUAGCUAGUGAAGUAAAACUUCUUUUUUUAAUAUUAUUUGUUUUAUAUUUAAAAGAACGGUUUCAUAUGGAGAAUGCGCUCAUUUUUCAGCUUCUUAUUUUGAGAACGUUCCUUAAAUGAGCUCUCAUGUUUGUUUGCCAUUUCAAAGCUUAUUAAUAUCUACUAAACGAGGACUGUAAAAUAAUUGAUUUAGAGCUGACGUAACCUUUAGAGACUUGCAUUAUUAAAUUUAUAAGUAGUUCAUCUCUCAGAGUUGAUUUGAUAAACCCAAUUAAAGAUUGAUAAUGAGUGCUUUAAGUAUUAUUAUUAGAGACCAUAGAACAAUUGCACUCAAUAAAAUAUAGUUUGUAAUGAUUAAAAAUUAGGGAUAUGAGAUUUUUACUAAUUUUAUGUCUUUUCGAAGUAAAUGACGCACGCUCCCCUGAGGUAAUUCAAAAGCAAUAUUACGACAUAUAAAAUGUACAUAACAUAUAGUUUGAUAAUAUCGGAUUUAUAGGAAAUUUAUUAGAACGUAAAAAUAAUGCUUCAGUAGCUCCGUAUUUGGUAACUUGGGGAGGGUUGUGGAUGUGUGAUCCUGGGAAUCAAAGCUUUAAACGCUGUUUCUGUUCUGUCCGAAUAUAGUCUAUGCCUCUUCACCCACGGUUCACUCGGUCGGAAACACCGUUCUGGUUCCGCGGAUUAUAUUGGCUACCAUGCGCGUCAACUUGAGAUGCAAGAGGCAUAGCCUGAAUAUAUUAAUAUAUAUCAAAUUUUCAAUCUAUUUUCAUACUGCAGAAC